AGUAAAACAAUUUUUUUUAUUUCCUUGGCACCGCACGGGUAAAGUAUAAUUUCAAUAAGUAAAAGUAAGUAAGUGAGUGUAAUGACGGCGAAUAGUGGUAACGGCAAAUAGUGGUAGCGGAGAAAGAUAAAGGAACGAUCCGAUCAAUUCUUCUUCAAAAGUCGCUACGCAGUUUUGAACCAUCAGUAAAACAAAUCUUGGGAUUUCAUUUUUAGUAUUUCGAAUUGAUGUUACCAAACAAUACAAUUUAGGUUAUAAUUGCGAUACAGUGAAUAAUUAUUAUUAUUAACAACUGCGAUCAAUUUUUGUAAAUAGCAGUGAUUUACAGUGGCAAUUGCAGUUCAGUAAUUUCAAUUCGAUCAUAGUACACAUAGGAAUUCAGUAAUUCCAAUUCGAUCACUAUAGCAAUAGCAGUUCAAAAGUAGCAAUCACAGUUCAGUAGCAAUAGCAGUUCAAAAGUAGCAAUCACUGUUCAGUGAUCACAGUAGCAAUUUUAGUUGCGAUUUCAAUAAAUGUGCCCAAAAUUUAUUAAUUAGUUAAUUGUGAUUACAAAAGCAGGUAAAUUGUAAAUAUUGUUAAAAUUGAUAAAAAUGUAAAUGUAAAAAAUUAAAAAAAAAAUGUGGAGUUCAAUUCUAAUAAAUUCGUUUUUUUUUUGUUGCGAUCGCAAUAGCAAUAUAAAAUCACAGUUAUUUAAAAAUAGCAAUCACUGAAAUUACAGUGAUUCAAAAAUAGCAAUAUCACUCAUCACUAUAGCAUAUUGAAACCUAUUACGGUUUACAAUCAACUUACAUUGCAGUUGACUCAAUCUGUCAAACAUAAUUUUAGUUGAAGUAUUUUCGAGCCAGUGCGUUCGAGAGUAUUUUUUAAGAACCUUUUGGUCCUCUUGAAUCACUUCGCUCCAACGGAUUAGUUCCAUAAUAUUUAAAACAUCCUGAACAACUAUAGAUAAUAUAGAUACAAAGAUUGCGCCAGUCCAACCGAAUAGUAACCAGUAUUGAAUUGGAAAAACUCAUCUCAAUAUUUGGUGUGGUUUGUGGGCCAUCUAUCUGAAUAUUCUAUGCCCGAAAUUGAAGCUCGUGAUCUCGACGACAUUUCGUUUCAACAAAACAAAAAUUCAGAGGACAACAAAAUAUUUAGAAUCAUAGUAGCUUACAUUAAAAAUAAUACAUAUUUAUAGAGAACUAAUACCCACAAAUUGUUAGUACUUAGUAACGUACAACGGCAUAUACUAUAUAUUAGCAGGUCUUUUUUCUUAACGAUUUCGAUUUGUGAUCAAAAAACAUUUGUGAAAGAAAAAUUUGCGUAGAACGGAAUCAUGUGUAACUAUAAUUUAAUAAAUUGUUGAAUUUUUCACAACUUGUCAGCCAACAGCUUUGGAGGUGGAUACUUGAACUUACAUUGUCUCACGUUGCCAUCGAGAAUUCUCGUAAACCAACUAAGCAGAAAAUCUGCAUAUAUUAUUCGUAUGGAUAGGGUCGAAAUAUCAUCUCAAAUGAAGAAAAUGAAAAGCAUGACUUGCUUUCUUUCUUGGAGGGGACAGAGUCAACGUCUGGCUCUUCGACUCGAAUAGUUGAAACCGUAAAGACACCACAUUACAAAUCCACAACUUUUACAUACCUUUUUAGUUCAAAUAACGGUACUAAAUUAUAUCAAAGUAAAUUUCUUUGGCUUCUUUAUUUUGAGUUUUCUUCAUUUCUAAUUUGUUAAUAGACUUUACAUAAAUAUAAUGGUAAGGAUAAUUAUGAUACAUAAAUUGUAUCUGGUCUAUAAAUAUCUACGGAUGUACGAGUAUGUAUGAGGGAAGGUUCGACCUUUAACGAACCCUCACGUGCACUCUAAUUACAUGAAGCUAUAACACAUUCCUCGCCUAUGUGCUUACUACAAAAGAGUUUUGUAGCACUCUCUACCUAUGGAUAACUACACAUGUAUGUGAGUAAAUAAGUUACCUUUAAAAUGAAGCAAUGCUCACGAGUUUACAAGUGCAAUGAAAUGAAACCGAAUAAAUGCCAUUGAACUUAAAGGACAAAGCACUUUCUUCUACAAAACUUAACCAAAUCCAUUCAAAUAACUGUUUUAUUGAUUCAACAAAACAACAAUGCUUCCGAGUAACCCAGAACUACAGGACGUACACGUUACAAAGAAAAUAACAAAUAUUUCUCUGCGGCAUCAAUAAUCCAACUCGUUACACUCCGUUGGUUUGGUUGGGAGAAUGGAAAGUUAAUAAAGUCGCAAAAGCAAUUGGCACGUUUCGGCAGCGGAACCAUCGAAUUGCAGACUAAAAAAAUUGAUUUGCACGGCAUUAAUGACAGAAACGCGACAUCGUUACAACAAAUCGUGGUUUUACAUGCGGCGGCAAGUUCACCAUUUACGGGACACAUCAAUUAAAGUGAACAGCAACUGGAAUAGCAAUCGGACGGUACAACUUUAGUACAUACACUUCGUGUAUAGUAAUCGUGUGUGCGGGUUUAUACUCAAUACAGGAGCUUGAACGAGUCCAGAAAGCGGUCUGCUCCUCAGUCAAUGCUUAACGCCUGUGAACAGGAGAAUACAUUUAAAAGUGAAAGUUCUAAGUUACAAAAUAUAAAGUGAAUCGGAGUUAAAUUUAGUAACGCGCAAUGGCAGAGACCAAUCUAACUGGGCACGAAUCGAACGAGUCGGAUGAAGACUGUGAAGUAUACUUCCUCAAACCUGUCAACGAGUACAACAUCGUGGAGAAAAUCAAAGAAGCGAACAAAGUAUUAUUUGAAGAAACGACAGAUAUUAAUGAGAAAGAACUCUGCGCGGAUACUACUGAUGGAGAUGGAGAUUUAACAACAGAAUCGGAGGCAGGAGUCGCACUACGUAAAGUGACAUUUGCGCCUAAUUUAGAAACUUAUGAACCUGAUAAUGCGCUCUUGGAAACACUGAAACUUACACGCGAAUUCGAAGAAGCAGUUGCCGAGGCAAAAGAGCUCGAUCGCAAACUAACGACUAUAUGUGAAUAUCAAACGAUUGUAGAAGAGACAACCGCCAAUGCCGAAGAAACCAGUGACACAAAAGUUGCUGCGGAAGAUAUGACAGAUCAAAACGUGGCAGAGGCUUCGCCUUCAAUAGAAGUGACAAUUUUGCAGGAGCCAACCGUUGAAGGCCCAAUUGGCACUGAGACAACAUCUCAACCCUCUGUGGAAGAUGAUAUUGUGGAAGAGAUUUGUGAGGAAAUUGUAGUAAUGGACAUGGAAAGUGAAACAAUAAAACCAGUAGAAAAUCCGCGGCGAAUGGUAAAAUUGCGUACAUUUGAUUGCGCCGAAGAAGAUCCUCCCGAUUUAAAUGAAGACGAGCAAGACAAUAAAAGUUUGACUAACUUGCUGACUUCCGAUGGGGAAGAAGAAUGUUGCAGCGCUGCCACUUUCGAUAUUAACAACGACAAUAGCGACCUCGAUGUAGACGACAUUGAUGCGGAUCCGAGUACAAACGAAGCCGAGGGCAAAGCAAAUGCGAAUGCCGACGAAGAACCCAACUCCACCAAUACUGAUACAACCAAUAUUGAGGGCUAUGAGGACGACGACGAUGACGAUCUCUCAAUUAUAGUGGCCUCUUACCUCCCCGAUGAUUUCGAUCAGAAGCGCUUGAGCAGUGGCCGCCUGAAGCCCACAAAUAAAUCUCGCCGCUUACUUGCUCCUCUAAGCAAACGCUUUUCCUUCCGCAGUAAGUCACUUGCUCAUAAUGCCAUAGGCACAACAUGCAUUGAAGGAGACGGAAAUAGUUCGGCGUCGCGUGCGCACCGACCGCAUUUGCCUCCACCAGAAGUCACCGAUUUAAAGUUGAACUACCGCACGUGCUGUGAAUAUCGGCGCCAUCUAUCACAGCCUGAGAAACUACCGAAGUACACGGGAUAUCUAUCCGAGUACGGUCUGAGUCGCCAACAACUCGAGCUGCGCGAAGAGAAUUUGCAACGCAAACAUCGCUAUGUACUGCAGCAGACGCUAAAGGCAAACGACGCGGAGAUGCGCAAAAUGCACGACAACGAACGGGCCUUCACCACGUGGUUGCGCAACAAAAUGCGCUUCCCCAUCAAUAAGACGCGCAACAUGUUCGAUGUGAAGUGCCGCAGUUUAGAUGCGGGAUUCAGGAGUGGCGCUGGUGCCUGUGGCGCCAACAGUGCCGUGCGAAACGCCAGUGGAAAACGGAAAUGAGACGAUUAGAGAUGAGAAUGGCGCAGAUGCUCGUGGGAGCGUGUUUCAAGUAUUAAGGGUCUGCAACUGUAGCGAAUUUUAGAAACUUGGAAAGUGUAAGGAUUUUUACGUAUCGAAAUUGUGUUCGAAGAUUGUGUGGAUAAAAACUAAUACUUGUUCUUAGAGUUCUCAAACUUUACAACAAAAACACUGUUUUGACUAUUCGAAAACCAAAGAAAUUAAAUAAAUAAAAUAAAGAACAAAAUCAAUUAAUUAAAAUUCAUAGUUACUCCUCAAAAUGGAUGCGCGAUACUCAAGUGAUUUUUAAGAAUUUGUACAGGCAACUAAUUUGUAAACGGGACUAGUUUCAACUAGUUCUCCGAGGGUCGUCCUGCCAAGAUUUUUCACCCGCAGUCUAGUGAAAGCUGGACAAUGAAAGAGAAAGUGUCUCGAUAUCUCAAUCCAAUGCAAUUUGCAUCCGUCAGAAUUUUUAAUCUCACGGCAUGUAACCUCAUCGGGCAGUGUCUAGAAAGGACUCCUAACAUUAUAGCGAGGUGAACCUUA